GCUGCCUUUAACUGAGCGCGCGCGGUAUCUGGUCCGUGCCUUCUCUUCUCUAAAAGGGAAGUACUUUUUUCUGACUGGAGUCAUAUGAUGCGACCAUAGGGAAACAGGAACACGCCUGCUAUAAAGGAACCACUGGUCUUUCCCACAGAGUUGACAGAAAGUUUCCGACUCUACAAAGAGGAACACAACCUUUUCCAAAAGAAAGUUAUCCGCGGACGAUGAUGUCAGCGUCGGGACCAGACUCCGUAUAGCUGACAGCUUCCCUAGCCAUGUUGACAGCCUGUCAUAGCUUUGCUGUAGCAACUGUAACAUAUUGCGAGGUAACUAAUAUUUAAUAAUAUGGCGUAAUAGAGCACCAAACAACCAAAUAGAGCACCGUACGGCACCAAUAUGUCAUUUGGUCUCCACACUCGUGUAACCGGCAGCGUGGCCGCCCGAAGCCUUUUUGCGGUUUUGACAGAACAAUGAUUGACCUCAAUGCACGUCAAGUCUUCAAGCAAGAAAACUACUUUUUAAAGACCAUGGUUACCAAGGAGGAAUUGGAAGAAAGGCUAAAGAAACUUUUGGUGAGGCUGAAAACUCCCCAAGAGGACAGACAGCUGAGCACGCUGAUUCAAAUCAUCCAGGAUCUGCUUUUCCUGGCGAACGCAGACGAUGCAGCCGAUUUGUUUGAAGAUAAAAAUGUCCACGUCCCCCUCAUGGUGGUGCUGUCCACUCACAGCAGCAGCAGGAGAGUCCAGCAGGAGGGCUGGUCUCUGUUGUGUCACCUGAUUGAAAUAUGCCCCAGCACUUUGGAGCAGCUAACUAAACCCCUGCAGGAGGCUAAGGAGUGGGAGAUACUGGCUGUGCACCAGCAGGUCCUGAAGGUGCUAUCCCAGUACAGCAAAGACUGUGGGGUGGUCAUGGUUGGACUUAGAGUGCUGGCUCUCCUGCUCAGAUCAGACAUGAUUCCUCUGCUGGUGUUGGAGGAGGAGGAGGAUGUAUUUGGCCUGUUGGUGCAGGCGAUGAAGACGUUCCCCGCGAGCGAGGAAGUGCAACUCCAAGGCUGUGAAGCUCUGCUGCUACUGCUGGAUAGAGUGAGUGAUGACCACCUUGUGGAAUUUGUGGAGAACCAAGACCAUGUGGUGGUACUCUCUGCUUUGCAGAAGUUCCUGGACAGCCCAGAGCUGCUCCUGCCUGCUAUGAAAGUCCUGCUUCCCCUGGCUCGCCCCGCCAGUAACGUAGAGGUUCUGAUGUCGGGGGGUACUCGAUGUUAUAGCGCGGUCAUCGCUGCCAUGGACGCCUUCCCGGAGGUGGAGGAGCUGCAGGAGACGGGCUGCUGCCUGAUCAGGAGGCUGACAUCAGAGAGUUACUACAACAUCCUGGUGCUUAAUGGAGUCCAGAGAGUGGCUGUGAGAGCUUGUCAGACUUUCCCUGAUAACGCCACACUGCAGUCCGCCGCCCUCUCCUGCCUCGCUGACCUGACGGCGACCAUCGUUGAGAACAAAGCGGUGGCCGAGCAGGGCCUGGAGGAGGGAGAGGAGGCAGAGAACAGGGGGAAGGAGGAGGUGGACUACAUGGGUCUGGGCUGGAUGGAGGACUGCUGCACAGCCCUGGAACUCCACGCCGCCGAGCCGGCCGUUCAGGAAGCUGCAAGCUGGGCCAUCCACAACCUGCUGCUGCACGGGGCCCCGGUGGACCCGUCGGAGGAGGAGCAGGAUGAGAGGACUCCCGUUCACAGACAGUUGAUGGCAGCCAUGCUGCUGCACUCCUCGUCUCCCAGCGUCUUCAUCGCUGCCACCAGUGCCAUCGGCACACUCAUCACAAACAACAGUGAGUCUUCCUCAGUGCACGAGAGUGAGUUGUGGAGGGCUGAGAAAUGGUGGCAGGCUGGGUCCCAGGUUGAUGGAGGCCUGGCAAAGGGUAGCAGGCUGCUGGAGGGGCUGAGCUGGAUGCCGCAAGGAGACCACUGGAAGAUGCGAAAAAGGACUGCCAACCUGGAUGAGCUGAGCAUGGCCAUGAGUCAAAUUCUCAGCACCAUGAAAGUCCACAACUUCCAGCUGGAGGUUCAACUAGAGGCACUGCAAGCCAGCCUGGUUUUCCUUUGCCCGGACCGGAGUUUGAGGGAGCACGGCUCCUCGGUGGUGGAUCCUGACAUGGCCGACGUUUCUCUGCGGGUGCUGAAAAACCAGUGUGUGGUGGAGGGGGCUCACACUCUCUACCUGGAGGUUCUCAACAGGUUUAUUCGCAGUUCCACCUUGCAGAGGUGUGGUCUGAAGGUGCUGUCCACCCUGGCUGAGUGCUCCGGUGCAGUGGACCUGCUGUGCCAGCAGGGGGCGAUAGACACCGUGCUUCAUACACUACAAAUGUUCCCACAGGAACGAGAGAUACACUACUGGGGUCUGACGCUGCUCCACUACCUGGUGUCCAAAAAGAAGCUGUCCAGGAUGAUCGUGCCUGUCCUGGCCUCUGUGGUGGUCACCUCUCUCGUCCAGUACAGAGAGGACUCGGAGAUGCUGCUGAAGUGUAUUCAGGUGGCGCUGAGGAUGCUGGACGCCUGCUCGGGAGCGGCCGCCGAACUGCAGAGAGAGGACUUCGACAGGCACAUCUUCCACCGUCUGAGAGAGGAGAUAGAUCAGAGCAUCAGCCCUCUGCGGAAGUCGAUGUGCGUGGCUCUGUCCAAGAUGUGGUGCGACUCUGAGCUGCACUACAGCAUGCUGGAAAAAGCCUGCCUGGACGGAGACACCACCAUGGCCGAGUGCCUGAUGGAGAUGGGCGCAGACAUCAACAGGAAGUCAAAAACAGAGUCUCUUAUUUAUCAGGUGUGUGAGAGAGGCGGCCCCCUGGAGCUGGUGGAGCUGCUGCUCAGCCGCGGGGCCCAGGAGCAGCACGUCCGGCGGGCCCUGACCGUCAGCGUGAGGAGGGGCGACGGGCCCGCCGUCAUCCAGCUGCUGGCCCGCCUCGGCCUGGACCUGAACAACGCCGCUCUCUGCCUGGGCGGCUUCCGCCUGGGCCGCCUGGACGCCGCCUGGCUGAGCCCCCUGCUGGCCGAAAAAGCCAGAGGUCACAGUCUGCGAGCCAGCAACAGUAAAGGGAUGAGUCUAGCGAGGUACAUUCAGUCUUUGCAGAGGUCAAAGAGCAUCAACUGCUUUUCCAGACUGAUGUCUGACCAGUGUCUGACCUCUGGCUACAUUUCUGACGAGAGCGACGACUCCAGCUUCAGCAUGGUGUCGGCGGAGGACUGCCUGUUCCUCUGCGACGACAUGGAGAGUGACGGAAGUGAUUCAGUGUCAGGCCCUCUAUCUCUAAAAUCCUACAACAACUCAGCAGAGGAGCUGCGGGGUGAGUCGUUCAAACGGAAGCAGGGACGACGCAGACACGCCAGCGCGGAGAGCGGACAAACUGAAAGCGAGGGCAGCGAACCCGUACAGAGGAGAUUUGGAAGGAGCGUCUCCAGUCAGAAAUUGCUGGGUUCUGGUGAGAACUCUACAGCCUUGCCCAAAGAGAGGGAGCGGAUCCGCCUGUUGGAUUUGUCGGGGAACGAGUUGGACUCCCUGUCCUGUCUACUGGACGACAUCUUCGAGCUUCUGUCUCUGCCCGCGCUGAACGUGCUGAACGUCUCCAAGAACUGCAUCGGCCCCGAGCUAACCUUUGACCCCGCUGUCAGCUGCCCAUCGCUAAAGCAGCUCAAUCUCUCCUUCAACAAAAUAACAGCGUUCCCUCAGAAAAUGGGCCUCACCAUGGAGCAGCUAGAGGAGCUAUCUAUGGAGGGGAACAGCAUCGUUGAGCUGCGCACACCCCUGUGUCUGCCGGAGAUCAGGCUGCUGGAUGUGAGCAAGAACAGCAUCCAGGAGAUUUUCCCUAACUUCCUGGACGGCUGCCCCAAACUGGAGACUUUUAACGCCUCCGUAAACAAAAUCAGUUCUCUGUCCCAGCUGCCAGCCAAGAUCACCGCCAUAAAGCUAGCCAACAACAGCUUCUCCCACAUUCCCGAGGCCAUACUCGAUCUCCCAAACUUGCGUUCAGUGGACAUGAGGACCAAUGACAUUUCUGUUCUGCCUGGCCCGGGACUCUGGUCGUCCAGCAACAUCAGGGAGCUGAUUUUCAGCCAGAACUGCAUCAAAGCUCUGGAUCUGAGCGGCCCCUUGCACAAAUGGGCCCGACUUGAGAAGCUGCACCUCAGCGAGAACCAGCUGAGCGAGAUCCCGCCACAGAUCGGCUCGUUGGAGGGCCUGACCUCGCUGGACGUCAGUCGCAACACGGGCCUGCGCUCGUUCCCGGAUGAGAUGGGAAAACUGGGCCGGCUGUGGGACCUGCCACUGGAAGGCCUCCGGCUGCAGCUGGACCUCAAACUCAUCGGCAGUAAGACCAAAGACAUCAUCAGAUUCCUGCAGCAGCGCCUGAAGAAGGCCGUGCCCUAUUACCGCAUGAAGCUCAUCGUGGUGGGCAACGCAGGCAGCGGGAAGACCACCCUGAUCCACCAGCUGAUGAAGCUGAAGCGCAGCCAGCCCAGCGCAAAGCACAACGCCGUGGGCAUCCACGUCCUGGACUGGGCCAUAAGGGAGAGGGACAAGAAGAAAAUGGUGCUGAACGUGUGGGACUUUUCAGGCAGCGAGGAGUUCAGUGGCUCUCACCCACAUUUCCUGACGUCCAGAGCUCUCUACUUGGUGGUGUACAACCUGAGCAAAGGAACCAGUGAGGUGGACGCCCUCAAACCCUGGCUCUUCAACAUCAAAGCAGUCGCUCCACUGUCUCCAGUCAUCCUGGUGGGAACGCACACGGACAUGAGCGAGGAGUGGCAGCUCCAGGCCUGCCUGUGCAAAGUCAGAGAGGAGCUGCUCAACCAUCAGGGCUUCCCCACCAUCAGGGAUUACCACAUGGUCUCCUUCUGCGAGGACUCCGACUCCAUAGCCAAACUCCGCAAGGCCAUCAGCCGCGAGGUCACCGGCUUCAAGGUAAAAGGAGGUUCUUUUUUCACACCGGGGAGUCACACGCUCACCUCAGCUCUCACGCAGAUCCAGGGCCAGCCCGUUAUGGGCCAGCUGGUGCCCGACAGCUACGUGGAGCUGGAGCGCAGGCUGUUCCAGGAGAGGAGCAGCGUCCCCCCGGAGUUCCCCGUGCUCAGGCACCACCAGCUGCUGCAGAUCAUCCAGGAGAGCCAGCUACCGCUGGAGGAGGCCGAGCUGCCCCACGCCGUUCACUUCCUCAGUGAAGUGGGGAUUUUACUGCACUUUGAUGAUCCGGCAUUUCAGCUUCAAGAGCUUUAUUUUAUCAGUCCACAAUGGCUGUGCAGCAUCCUCUCCCAGAAUCUGACCCUAAAGAGCUGUGGUGUCUGGGAGCAGUCCAAAGGUGUUGUUCAGCGCUCGGUGGUGGAAAAGCUCCUGUUUGAGACCAAGUGUUUCCCUUUGAGCCAUCUGGUCCAGUUCUUCAAACUUUUGGAGAAGUUUCAGAUCGCUCUUCCCUUCGGCGAGGACCAGCUGCUCGUCCCCGGCAGUUUGUCCAAGCACAGACCUGAAAUAGAGCUGCCUCACUGUGAGAACUCAGAGAUGAUUGUGCGUCUGUAUGAGAUGCCAUACUUCCCCAUGGACUUUUGGUCUCGGCAGAUCAGCCGGCUGCUGGAGGUCUCCUCCUGCUUGCUUUUUGGGAGAGAAAAAGCGCUUCGGCCGAACAGGAUCUACUGGAGGAGAGGCAUAUACCUGAACUGGUCCCCGGAGGCCUACUGCCUGGUGGAAGCCGCCGCAGAGGAGGGAAACCCCUCCAGCUUCGUCAGAAUAACUGUGCCGUCGUCACGGAAAGGUGUCGGAGAAGCAUCCAGAAAGAACGGUCGGAUGCUGCUGGGCCAGGUGGUGGACCACGUGGACUCGGUGCUGGAGGAGUGGUUCCCCGGUCUGCUCAACACCGACAUGCACGGCAACGGCGAAGCCCUGCUCAAGAGGUGGGCUCUCUACAGCUUUGAGGACGGACAGGAGCCCAGCAAAAUUCUACUGGAGGACCUUUUAAGCUUUUCUGAUAACGACUUUCUGCUGGUGAACCCGGAUGAUCCCCGCUGCACGCUUCCCAUCUCUCAAAUAGCUCCAGACUUGGUGCUGAGUGACCAGCCCGCGGGCACAAUACUGGACAGUGAGGAGCUGGAAGUAGACAUGUGUCAAGAGAAUCGCCUAGGUGAUGGCGGGUUUGGAACUGUGUAUCGAGGCGUCUACAAGAACGAAGAAGUUGCUGUAAAGAUAUUCAACAAACAUGCAUCAGAGCUGUACAUCUACAGGCUCCUCAGACAGGAGCUGGCGGUGCUGGGUCGUCUGCGCCACCCCAGCCUGGUGGGGCUGCUGGCGUCCGGCUCGGCCCCCCAGGUCCUGGUGAUGGAGCUGGCUCUGCGAGGGUCUCUGGACGCCCUCUUCGUGCACGAGAGUAGCGGCCUCAACCAGAAGCUCCAGCACAGAAUCGCCCUGCAGGUGGCCGACGGACUCAGGUACCUUCACUCGGCCAUGAUCAUCUAUCGAGAUCUGAAGCCUCACAACGUCCUCCUGUUCAACCUGAAAACCGACUCGGAGAUCAUCGCCAAAAUCACCGACUACGGCAUCGCUCAGUACUGCUGCAGCAUGGGGGUGCGGAGCUCCGAGGGCACGCCAGGUUUCCGAGCCCCAGAGGUUGCCCGGGGCAACGUGAUCUACAACCAGCAGGCCGACGUCUUCUCCUUCGGCCUGCUGCUGUACGACCUGCUGACGUGUGGGGAGCGCAUCUCAGACGGCAUGAAGUUCCCCAGUGAGUUCGACGAGAUCGCAGUGCAGGGAAAGCUGCCAGAUCCGGUGGAGCACUACGGCUGCUCGCCGUGGCCUGGCUUCCAGGCGCUGAUGAAGGACUGCCUGAGGGGAAACCCACUGGAUCGACCCACUUCUGCUCAGGCGAGAAUAGAAACACAACAGACAGAGGGGCUGUUUGGUAGCGUGUUUGACAGACUGAACUCGGGGGAAAUGCUGUGUCUCAUGAGGGAGCUGCGUGUCCCCCGGGCGUUCAGCGCCGAGUGCAUGGCGGUGAGCUCCGGACACAGCGAUGGCCUCCGCCCCGCCGCCUGGCUGGGGGGGGGCAGCAGCUCGCAGAGGCGGGGCUACGUCGCCGCCGUGGACCUGAACACCGACGCCGUCACCACACAGAAAGUGGACACCAGCCCCGUGCUGUGCCUAGUGACCGUCCAGAUCCCACACCAGGCCUGCGACUGGCUGGUGGCAGGCACCCAGUCGGGCUCCCUACUGGUCAUCAGCACCCAGGAUUUGUCCACCUGGCACCACCUGCAGAGCCUCAGCGACGCGGUCACCUCCCUCUACUUCCACCUGCACCCCCGCCGCUCCCAAAGGAAGAAUUACUUGCUGGUUGGGACAGCAGAUGGCGUUCUCAGCAUUUAUGAGGACAGUGUGCUGAUGCGUGAGAACGGCGAGCCAGUCAAAACUCUGAGCGUGGGCAAUGUGAACACCCCGCUGCUGUGCCUGGGUCAGUCGGCCGACCCGCCGGACGGGCGGUCAGUGUGGGCCGGCUGCGGGGCCAGAGUCCUCUGCCUGUCCACCGACUACGACGUCUGCAAGUCCAUCGACACCAGACCCAGCCUCCCCUCCCAGCAGGACCCGGGAGGCGGGGCCUGGCGGCAGAGCGGCCGCGGGGGGGCGGGCGCCAGCCCCCCCUGGGCCACGGUGAAGGCCCUGCUGCUGCAGGGCUCGGCGGCGCUGUGGGUGGGCACCCGGGGGGGCCACCUGCUGCUGCUGGAGCUCCACCAGCGCCAGCCGCUGCAGGUGCUGGCGCCGGGCGCCGCCUCCGUCCGCGCGCUGGCCUCCGCCUUCAUCCGUACGUACCGCCGGGGGGGCCGGGGGCCGCCGGGGGGGGGCCGGCUGCAGCAGCGGCUGGUGAGUGGCGAGGCCUGUGUUUCUCGAGUGGUGGUGGAGAAACUGGUCUACCUGAGCAAGUGUGGGCUGUCCACUGUGGAGGUGUGGGACAAGCGGAGCGAGAGGAUGGUGGACUGCAUCGACGCCGCUCAGAUCAUCAGGCAGGCCCCCCCCUCCCCCCCUCCCUCGCUUCGUCACCUUUUCCACCUCUGUGACCCGGGGGGCGGGGCCUGGCGGCAGAGUGGCCGCGGGGGGGCGGGCGCCAGCCCCCCCUGGGCCACGGUGAAGGCCCUGCUGCUGCAGGGCUCGGCGGCGCUGUGGGUGGGCACCCGGGGGGGCCACCUGCUGCUGCUGGAGCUCCACCAGCGCCAGCCGCUGCAGGUGCUGGCGCCGGGCGCCGCCUCCGUCCGCGCGCUGGCCUCCGCCUUCAUCCGUACGUACCGCCGGGGGGGCCGGGGGCCGCCGGGGGGGGCCGGCUGUAGAACCAGAGCAGGGCCGGGUUUAGUCUCUGCGGCGCGUCAGGAGACGUUAAACUGGAAGAACGUGGUGCUGGUUCUGGCCCGAAGAUUCCCACAAGACAAGAAUGAGGAGUCCGUGCUGAUGGUGUGGAACAGCACGCUGCCCAUGGAGGUGAAAGAGCUGAAGAAGCACUGCCAGAAGAGGGAGCGCAUGGCCAGCAGGAUGAGGGAGACGCUGCACCAGGCCUGA